CUUUCGGAUUCUCGCUCGCAAUAAUGGCGCGGGGCAAGUUGAUCGUGUUCGAGGGGCUCGACCGAGCGGGCAAGACGACGCAAUGCCAGAUGCUCGUCGAGGCGUUGCAGAAGGACGGGCAGAAGGUUCUGUUCAUGCGGUUCCCUGAUCGCACGACGCCAAUCGGGCAGAUGAUCAAUAGCUACCUCAGCGGCGAGAGCGAGCAGGACGACCACGUGAUCCAUCUCCUCUUCAGCGCAAACCGGUGGGAAGCCGUCCCCAAAAUAAGAGCAGCAAUCCAGGCCGGCACAACGGUGGUGCUCGACCGCUACUACUACUCUGGCAUCGUCUACUCGGCCGCCAAACAGAACCCGUCGCUCCCGCUCUCCUGGUGCCGAGCCCCCGACGUCGGCCUGCCGCGGCCAGACGUCGUCUUGUUCCUGCACAUCUCGCCCGAGGCCGCGGCGCAGAGAGGCGGCUACGGGACGGAGAGGUACGAGAAAAAGGCCAUGCAGGACCGCGUGAGAGAGCUGUUUGAGCAAGUAAGGGCGCAGAGUGAGGGUGAGGAUUUCGUCGUCGUUGAUGCGGGGGGAAGUGUUGAGGAUGUGGGGAGGGAGAUUUGGGGGAAGACGGGGGAGGUUGUCAAGCGGGUUGAUGGCGAGGGAGGGGAGUUGAGGACGGUCGGCGAGUGGUAGCAGAGGGGGAGAAAUGAAAUGUUCCAUGCAUGACAGACUCUGUAGUCGCCGUUGCCAUGUUCGAGUGUGCCGAAG